AAGUUUCCACGACAUUUGACGCUCCCAUCAACUCCAUUUCCUUGAAAGCUUCAAUGAAAUAGGAUAUGUAAAAAUCACGCCACCCCUUAACUGCUCCAAUGGGAACUCAUGUGAAAUUUUCCUCUUCGUUUCCCUCACUUCACUUCAAUUUAUUUGCCACUAUAAAUAGAAGAAUCACCCAAGUAAACCACCACCCUCCACUCUCUACUCUUCACACCCAACACUUGACACUCUUCACCCUUGUCUUUUUUUUUUUUCCUUACUUUCUUUUUGCUUGUUCUCCAAUGCAUUAUAUAAUGGAUGAUGAAUCUCCAAACCCCUUCUCUAUUGAAAUUUUCCUACUUUUACUGAUUAUGUGUUGUGCUAUUAUAGUUCAUGACUUCAGUUCAAGUUUAAGGUAUGCCUUACAAAUCUUCAUAUGUUUCUUUUUGAAUGUAUGGAAAAUUUGGUUCGUGAAAAGCAAGACUAAAAGCAAUGGUACUACUGCAGAACUUCCAACUCAAAAAUCUUGCUAUAACGAGCAUGUAGGUGACAAGAAGUUAUGGAGAAAAGAAAUAGCAAAAGGGAAAGGUAAAGUUCCAACACGUAAACUCCAUAAUGUUAGACGAAACAUAGACGAAGAGGAGGAGAAGGAGGAUGAGGAUGAGAAAUUGUAUAUGGGAGAAAUAAAAGGGAUGAUGGAGAGAUUGGAAAGUUUAUAUGAUGAAGAUGGAGUUGAGAAGAUAUGUGAAUUGUUUGAGGAGGAAGUGAGGGAUGAAGAGGUGAAGGAAGCUUUUGAUGUGUUUGAUGAGAACAAUGAUGGUUUUAUUGAUGCAGGGGAGAUAAAGAAAGCACUUUGUACAUUGGGUUUCAUGGAAGCUUCAGAAAUGGAAUGCCAAAGAAUGAUCAAAGCCUUUGAUAAAAAUGGAGAUGGACUAAUAGAUUUCAAAGAAUUUGUUCAGCUUAUGAACCAAAGCUUCUCUAACUAGAUGCAAUCCUUUUUCUCCUCCUCCCCCCCCCCCCCCCCCCCCUUUUUUUUUUUUUUUUUUUUUUGGGUGAAUGCUACCCUCGUCGUGGAUUUCCAUAUUAUCCUUAAUUUUUUUAUCCAAAAAAAAAAACCUUUUUCAUGUGUUAUUUGUACAAUUUUAUGUUUGUGUAUAAAUUUGCAGAAGUGGUGUAAAUUGUUCCAAAUAUCACAGUUUAAGAAUCCUUGAGCACUAUUAGCUAAUUCGUGCUUGUCCAUCAACUCUUUUGUUUAUGGAAAAUCUUCAAAAGAUCAUUCAUGAACUUUGGAAAUAAGCCGAGUAC